AUGGGCUGUUCAUUCUCAGUUCUCAUCAACCAGUACCCAACAACAUUCACAAACAUGCGUUUCGAAUCUACACUCUGGACAGCACUGCUGUCGUAUGUCGCCCCCGCGCUGGGCGCCAACGUCCUCGUGGGGUACUAUCCUACGUGGAAGCAUGCCGCUAUUUCCAACAUGGACUUGUCCAACUACACCCACGUCAACGUUGCCUUUGCGAUUCCCCACGAGAAUGGAACCCUGUCGUUUGAAGGCGACACCUUCAUGGACAAGCUUGUCCCCAAACUACAGGGCGCCGGCUCCAAGGUCCUCGUGUCCAUCGGCGGCUGGUCCGGCUCGGCAAACUUCUCAUCUAUAACCAAGGACACUGCUCUGAGUGGCACUCUGACCAAGAGCAUCAUCGACAUGAUGACCAAGUAUAAGCUGGACGGCAUCGACAUCGACUGGGAGUUCCCCGGCCGAAAGGGGAGCGAUUGCAACGUCGUCGACGAGCAAAACGACGCGACCAAUUUCCUUAAGUACCUGAAUGACCUGCGGGCCAAGAUGGACGAGGCCCUUGGAAAGGGCAAGCUGAUCACGCUGGCGCUGCGAAUACAGCCUUUUGACGGGCCCGGCGGCAAGGACGUCUCGGGGUUCGCCAAGGUGGUCGACUUUGCCAAUCUGAUGCAGUACGAUCUUAACGGCGCGUGGGGCGAGACGAGCGGUCCCCUUGCCCCCCUGAAUUUUGAGGAGAAGAAGGGGACGCAGCUGUCGUUUGCGACGGCGAUUGAGGCCUGGACCAAGGCGGGCUGGCCGGCGAAGCAGCUCACCGCCGGCGCCGCGUUCUACGGCUAUUCGGUCACGGCGGCCGAGGACAUGUUGAAGACCAACCCCCCGAACCAGUACGCCAAGAUGGAAAAGGAGCGCCCCAAGGGAGAUCAAGAAGACGAGAUGGUUACGGAGCCGUGCUCCAGCGCGCCAAAGGCAUAUACCGGCAUCUGGACGUACAAGAACCUCCGAGGCCAGGGGGUGCUGUCUUCACCUGAUGAAGCGAAAGCCCCCUGGGUGAGGACCUUUGAUAACAAGACAAUGACCCCCUGGUUGUUCAAUUCUGAGAGCAAAGUCUUCAUCUCGUACGAUGACCAGAGGAGUUUGGCGGCCAAGGUCAAGUUUGCCGAGUCCAAGGGCCUGGGCGGCAUGAUGGUGUGGAGUAUCGAGCGGGAUUACAACGGCGAGUUGUUGAGUGAGCUCAAGAAGUUUGGGUCCAAGUGA